AUGAGGUUGGCCAGCGUGAACCCGGCGGAUAUAAAUGUGUGCGUUGUGUGUGUUUUGGGGGGUGGCGGAGCUGGGUACAGCUUGUGCGGGGCCCAACUUUCGCUGAGAUGCGUGCAUGCAUGCACGCUUCUUCACCCCCUCCCUCCUUCUCAUCGCUUCCCUUGCACCCUACCAAUCCGCUGGCAAAUUGAAUGUUGGAAGAUUGCAAGGCGUCUAUCCCUCUGUACCCUCACCAAGAGAUAUUCCGGGCUUGCAAACCCCGCACAGGGUAGGAGGCAAUGAGGGACUGGGCGAGGUGCAAGAGCUGGAUGAGAAGGGUCGACAAGCAGGUCUCAGAGAGGGAGAUUGGGUCAUCUUUGGCAAACCACAAGUGAGCGUUUGCAGAUCGGUCCAGCCAGCAAUUUGCGCUUUCUGUUUGCUUGGCAAAGAGUGGAUGCGGAUGUGACACGACGCUCGCUUUGAUCCCCAUCUUAUCUGCAUGGGUGCGCGGCUGAUCCCACUUGAUUGGCUGACCUCGACCCCCCCCACACCCAUUCUUUUCGGACUCUAGAUGGGCACUUGGACUUCUCAUAUGAUCGCACCCGCCUCGGAUCUCAUUCCCAUUCCACGCGAAGCGAAAGAGAACCUCACAGAGGUCAUGGGUGAGCACGAAUUGAUGAGCAGCCUGUGCUUUGUCGAAGCGCACCUCUCCUCACGAUCCAGACUUGCUGCUCGUCCUCAUGCAUUCUCGACCGACCCCACCUCCGCUUCGACAGGCUCUACCUUGAUGAUCAAUCCGGCAACGGCGAUUUGCAUGCUGCGAGACUUUGAGCAGCUAAAGAAAGGGGACGUGAUUGUGCAAAAUGCGGCCAAUUGUAAGUUCCCCUUUCCGACACGUUCAUCUGCUCCAGCUUCACAUCUCCUGCUCCAGAAGCGCGACUGCGAAUGCUCAUUCGUGUGCUCACACCACCACCACUUGCCUUUGACCCCGCGCUACGUUGCUGCUCAGCUGCUGUCGGACAAGCGGUGGUGCAGCUAGCAGCUCGUGUGCUAGGCGUAGAGACGAUCAAUUUCGUACGAGACAGGUGCGUCUUGCUCAGCCCGGGAGGCAAAGCUCCCAAGCUCAGCUCGUAAAUCUCACCAGUCCCCCGCCUGUCUUGCGUUUGGCCCACCUGUGCUCGAAUGGUCCGCUCGCGCUCUGCAUGCAGACCAGACUUGCAAGGCUUGCGCUCCGACUUUGAAGAGUGGGGAAGAGGAGGACCGGGAACGCACGUCUUUACGUACGACGCCUUGUCCAAUAGGGAAACGUCGAGCGAGACCAAGGAUGCGGUCAAGCGGAUCGCCAAUGGUAGACCUAUCAAGCUGGCUCUGAAUGCCUUGUGCGGAAAGGACACGACGAACAUGUCCAAGUUGCUCGCGUGAGUGCAGCUGGGGCGGGGCUCAGCUCGGGCAUACCAGGCCCGGCCCUCGGGCCCCCCUUUCUCUCUCUCUCUCUUUCACUGCUAAUGCUCGAAACUCUUCGCGACCGGCCGCCGGGCCGACGAAUUGCUCCUUGAUCGGUCUUGCGCCCAUACUUUUCCCGGGACCUAUGGGCGCGCGCGCGCUUUGCCAACGCCAUGCAGACCUUCCGCUUCGCUCGUCACGUACGGAGCCAUGUCGCGCUCGCCUUUAUCCCUACCCGCAUCCCUCUUGAUCUUUCGAGAUCUCAAAGCAAGAGGUUUCUGGAUGAGCACGUGGUAUGCCAUGCACACGCGACAAGAACGCGCUGCUCUGACUGCCGAGUUGGCGCACUGGUACGCCCAGGCCAUCUUAGCUCCGCCAAAGGCCAACAUCAUCACCCUCACGCAUGAUCAUGAGCAGCAGAGUCUGAGUGGAGAGGCGCAAGGUGAAAAGAGACAUGUUGACCAAGCGGGAAGAAUCAUAAGCGAGACGAUGCAGGGUUCUCAAGGAGCAAAGACGUUUUUGAAAUUCCAGUGA